AAAGUACUAAAACUGCUUUCAACUGUCUGGAUCCGAAAAAGGAAGGGGGAAGAAGGGUGGGGGGGACAAGAGGCUGAAGAAGGAGACAGGAUCAUUAAAGUCCUCGUCCGAUAAGAAUGACCCGACCGGUAUUCGGGAGAAGAAAUGCCCGCGGAGCUCCGGAACCUUCUGCCACCGCUGUCCGCAUUCGCCGCGGGACCAGUUUGGGGAACCCGUUCGCUGUUGCUAAGGGGCGGCCCCGGAAGUGACGCACCCGGGGUUUGUUGACAGCGGAGGCGGCGGCGGUUGCAGACUGUGAGCCUUAGGAGCCGGAUCGGGGGAGGGGCCGGGCCCUGGAGCCAGCACCUGGCGGCCCUCAGCCCCGCCGGCAGCCCUAAGGGCAAGGAUCUGACUCUGCCAAUGAUUCUGUGAGUGCUGGGACCUCCCUGCUAUCCCUGAGGGCCCCUGUGCAGGAGUGGCCCACCUGCCUGCCCCCAGCAUGGCGUCUGACACUCCCGAGUCCCUGAUGGCCCUCUGCACUGACUUCUGCCUACGCAACCUGGAUGGCACCCUGGGCUAUCUGCUGGACAAGGAGACCCUGCGGCUACAUCCAGACAUUUUCCUGCCCAGUGAGAUCUGUGAUCGGCUUGUCAAUGAGUAUGUGGAGCUGGUCAAUGCUGCCUGCAACUUUGAGCCACAUGAAAGCUUCUUCAGCCUCUUUUCAGACCCCCGCAGCACACGUCUCACCCGUAUCCAUCUCCGUGAGGACUUGGUGCAGGACCAGGACCUGGAAGCCAUUCGCAAGCAGGACCUGGUGGAGCUGUAUCUGACCAACUGCGAGAAGCUGUCCGCCAAGAGCCUGCAGACACUGAGGAGCUUUAGCCACACCUUGGUAUCACUGAGCCUCUUUGGCUGUGCAAACAUUUUCUACGAGGAGGAAAAUCCAGGGGGCUGCGAAGACGAGUGCCUUGUCAACCCCACAUGCCAGGUGCUGGUCAAGGAUUUCACCUUUGAAGGUUUUAGCCGCCUACGUUUCCUCAACUUGGGCCGCAUGAUUGAUGGUGUCCCUGUGGAGUCCCUGCUGCGGCCCCUCAACUCGCUUGCCGCCUUGGACCUCUCAGGCAUUCAGACAAGUGACGCAGCCUUCCUAACCCAGUGGAAAGACAGUCUAGUAUCCCUUGUACUCUACAAUAUGGACCUGUCAGAUGACCACAUCCGUGUCAUUGUCCAGCUGCACAAGCUGCGACACCUGGACAUCUCCCGAGACCGCCUCUCCAGCUACUACAAGUUCAAGCUGACUAGGAAGGUGCUGAGCCUCUUUGUGCAGAAGCUAGGGAACCUGAUGUCCCUGGACAUCUCUGGCCACAUGAUCCUGGAGAACUGCAGUAUUUCCAAGAUGGAUGAGGAAGUGGGACAGACCAGCAUCGAGCCUUCUAAGAGCAGCAUCAUGCCUUUCCGGGCUCUGAAGAGGCCACUGCAGUUUCUCGGGCUCUUCGAGACCUCCCUGUGCCGCCUCACGCACAUUCCGGCCUACAAAGUAAGUGGUGACAAAAAUGAGGAGCAGGUUCUCAACGCCAUCGAGGCCUACACGGAGCACCGGCCUGAGAUCACAUCGCGGGCCAUCAACCUGCUUUUUGACAUUGCGCGCAUCGAGCGCUGCAACCAGCUUCUGCGGGCCCUGAAGCUGGUCAUCACAGCUCUCAAGUGCCACAAGUAUGACAAGAACAUUCAAGUGACAGGCAGUGCUGCCCUCUUCUAUCUAACCAAUUCCGAGUACCGCUCAGAGCAGAGUGUCAAGCUGCGCCGGCAGGUCAUCCAAGUGGUGCUGAAUGGCAUGGAAUCCUACCAGGAGGUGACGGUCCAGCGGAACUGCUGCUUGACCCUCUGCAACUUCAGCAUCCCUGAGGAGCUGGAAUUCCAGUACCGCCGGGUCAACGAGCUCCUUCUCAGCAUCCUCAACCCCACGAGGCAGGACGAGUCAAUCCAGCGUAUCGCCGUGCACCUGUGCAAUGCCCUGGUAUGCCAGGUGGACAAUGACCACAAGGAGGCCGUGGGCAAGAUGGGCUUUGUUGUGACCAUGCUGAAGCUGAUUCAGAAGAAGCUGCUGGACAAGAUAUGCGACCAGGUGAUGGAGUUCUCCUGGAGCGCCCUAUGGAACAUCACGGAUGAGACGCCUGACAACUGCGAGAUGUUCCUCAACUUCAAUGGCAUGAAGCUCUUCCUAGACUGCCUGAAGGAAUUCCCAGAGAAGCAGGAACUGCAUCGGAAUAUGCUGGGACUCCUAGGGAAUGUGGCAGAGGUGAAGGAGCUGCGGCCCCAGCUCAUGACCUCCCAAUUCAUCAGUGUCUUCAGCAAUCUGCUGGAGAGCAAGGCAGAUGGGAUUGAGGUUUCCUACAACGCCUGUGGCGUCCUAUCCCACAUCAUGUUUGACGGGCCUGAGGCCUGGGGCAUCUGCGAACCCCAGCGGGAGGAGGUAGAGGAGCGCAUGUGGGCAGCCAUCCAAAGCUGGGACAUCAACUCUCGGAGAAACAUCAAUUACAGGUCCUUUGAGCCAAUCCUCCGCCUCCUUCCCCAGGGCAUCUCCCCUGUAAGCCAGCACUGGGCAACCUGGGCCCUGUACAACCUUGUAUCUGUCUACCCGGACAAGUACUGCCCUCUACUGAUCAAAGAAGGUGGGAUGCCCCUUCUGAGGAACAUGAUCAAGAUGGUGACUGCCCGGCAGGAGACCAAGGAAAUGGCGCGCAAGGUGAUUGAGCACUGCAGUAACUUUAAAGAGGAGAACAUGGACACAUCCAGAUAGAAGCCUCUGCCCCCACGGCCACCAUUGCUCUGGACCACGAGGCCAGGAGGAAGCACUCUGAAGCAGCCCAGCUGGCAGACCCCCUUCUGGGGAGUCUCCCACCAGAUGAAGAGGCAUGGGGGAACUUUUGCACAACCGACGCUUUUCCUUAACAUUAGUGAGAUAUAUAUAUAUUAUAUAUAUAUAUAUUAUUUUUUUUUUUUUUUGGUUAGGAAGUGUGAAGUUUUGUGUGUAUGAUUUCUGUACAAAAACAAAAGAAAUAUUCCCUGAGUCCUUGCAGCUUCCUUGGCCAUUCUCAAACCCCAAAUGAAAGCCUUCAUUGCUGCCACGCUCGUUCCUAUCCCAACCAGGCUAAACGCCUCUAACAUUGUGAGUGUCUGGUCCUUUCCCGUUAAAAUCAGAUCCUGCCCUCACUUUCUAUUUGACAGGCAACAGACCUUUAACAGCCUACUCCAGCACCCCAACCUACCUGCCAAAGCCUGAGGACCCCAUGUAGGCUCCUGGGCUUGGACAGUGGGGUUGGGAGAUUAAAACUAACCCCAUUGGGUCUCCCAAAUGCCUUGGUGCUCCCAGCUGUGGGCCAUCUGGGGCAAGAAAUUGAGCCAUUCUAGGCCUAGGACUGGGCAGCCCCAGCCACAGAGGCCCCUCAAGGAGCAGGGUUCACAGUGACCCUGCUGCUCUCCGGCCAGGCCUGCCUGAGGCCACGCUGCUAUGGAGGCUGUCUCGUAGUCUCCCACCAGGUCCCAGGUUGUUGAAGGUCCCCACCCCAGGGAUGGUUAGAAUUCAAGGGCAGAGUCCACUGCCCCUUCUGCCAAACAUACUUGGAACCUGCCCUCAGCCCUAGAAGCCAGCACCUUCUGGGGCCAGGGGCUUGCUCCCUCAUCUGCCCACAAACACCCAAGGUGCCCAGGCACUCCCACCAGCAGAACUGAGCCUGCCACUCCCCCUUGCCUACCCCGCUGCCUGGGAGGACCCCACACUUCUCUCAGAGGCAGGUGGUCCCACCCUCCCACGCCAGCCUCGCACUGUGGCAACAGGCAGACACGCCUCCAGACCAGCACUUGGAACACCUUUCAGUGGCACCACUUGGCCCCUCCCUCGCCCAUUCUGCCCUACCCUGAGGCUUUACCUUGGAAAUCUCCGUGCUGUGUUUCAGAGAAGUGAGACACAGGUGUAUCUCUAAAUGUCUUGUGGGUCCUCCCUUGAUAUAACCCUGAUUUGCUUCUCAUAGGGACAGAUGGGUGGUGAGAGGGCCCAUCCUGAACAAACGGGCCCGGAAGGCAGAGCCGACCCUGACGGCAGCCCUGGGGGAAUGUCUUCUCUUCCCUCCUCCUGCCCUGGGCCUCUAUUUGGAUUCUCCCAGCAUUUCUCCUCCAGCCAGAACAAGCUGGGUAGCAGCCUCAGGGGAGAGGCACCGGGCCUUUAUCUCCUGAAGCGUUUCCAUCCCAGCCUUGGGAAGGUGGCAGCUGCCUUGUCAUGUUCCACCACCUUGGCAGGUGGGCUGCAUCUGCCUUUUUGUUCCAUGCUCACCUGCCAGAGCCAGAUCCCAGGCAGAGCUCAAUCGUAUUGCUUUACCACCUGGGGCCUGGGUAAAUGUCUGUAAUUUGGGAUGUCAUAGAAAUACAUUUUUGUGCAAAGUGAA